AUCAUCAACAGCCACCACACCCAAUCCUUCUUCCAGUAUCGAUCCUCUCCCGCUAUGCCCAAAGAAAAACGUAAACGCGGCGGAGGUGGCCCCGAUGCCUCUCCUUAUGCUAAGCCCUCCACCAAAGCAGCCGCCGCCAACAGCGUCUUCAAAAUGAACACCAAUCUCGGUCAACACAUUCUCAAAAACCCGGGCGUCGCCAAUGCCAUAGUCGAGAAGGCCAACCUCAAGCAGAGCGACCAUGUGCUGGAAGUUGGUCCGGGAACAGGAAAUCUGACAGUCCUCAUUUUGCGUAAAGCCAAGAAUGUGACAGCCGUAGAAAUGGAUCCACGCAUGGCGGCCGAAGUUACGAAACGUGUACAGGGCUCGCCCGAGGGCAAGCGCCUCAAGGUUCUACUCGGCGAUGUCAUGAAGACGGAACUUCCGUAUUUCGACGUCUGUAUCAGUAACACCCCAUAUCAAAUUAGUUCGCCACUCGUUUUCAAGCUCCUCAGCUUGCCCGUCCCACCGCGCACAGCCGUACUCAUGUUCCAGCGUGAAUUUGCCAUGCGGUUGUUUGCGAAACCGGGGGAGAAGCUGUAUUCACGCCUAUCGGUCAAUGUUCAGAUGUGGUCCCGCGUUUCCCAUGUCUUAAAGGUUGGGCGCGCCAACUUCAACCCCCCGCCUCAGGUCGAUUCCAAUGUUGUCCGUAUAGAGCCCAAGAACCCGCGCCCACAAAUCAGCUACGAGGAAUGGGAUGGCCUACUGAGGAUUGCCUUUGUGCGAAAGAACAAGACAUUGCGGGCCGGAUUCUUGGGGACAAGCGCGGUAGUGGAACUUCUCGAGAGCAAUUAUCGGCUUUGGUGUGCUCAAAAUGACGUUCCGAUCGACGAUGGGCCGCUCGAUGGUCAAAGUCAUGAGCCUGAAGGAAUGGAAGUUGAUAUGGACAAGGAAGAGGAGGAGUUCAAGGGGUUUUCGGAUCCUGACCUCGACGAAGACGAGAUGCCAGACUUCUUCAAGCAGGUUGCUAAGAAACCGCGUGGAAAAGGCAAGCGGAGAGGAAAGGUUACGGAGCUGGUCAAGGAGAAGAUUCGCAAAGUCCUCGAGGACGACACUGAACUCGCUGAGAAACGGACUAGAAUGUGCGACGAGGGGGACUUUCUCAAGCUGCUCUAUGCUUUCAACAGCGAGGGCAUCCAUUUUGCAUGA